AAACGGAAUUUCCACUGAUUCACAUUAUAACCACUGAAUUCAGUUUUCUCUUUUAAACACUUAUAUAAACACAUCACCUAUAAUCAAUUCUCAGAGAUACGGAGUUACAGAGAUGGGAAACACCAUGGGAAGAAGGAAGAAGGCAAGGAUUAUGAAGAUCGACGGGGAAACAUUCAAGUUGAAGACCCCAGUUCGAGCUUGGGACGUGGUCAAGGAUUACCCAGGACACGUACUGCUGGAUUCUGAGGCGGUGAAGCAUUUUGGGAUUCGAGCGAAGCCAUUGGAGGCGCAGCAGGAGCUGAAACCCAAGAAGAUAUACUUCUUGGUGGAGCUGCCCAAGUUUACUGAGGAAAAGACUCCGAGGAGGGCCCGGUCAUCGGGGAUACAGAUGAGUGCCAAGGAUCGGCUGGAGUGCUUGAUGCUGUCUCGGAGAGCGGCUUCGGACCUUUCGGCGGUGAAAGCGGUUCCGGCUCAGGGGUCUGAUGGGCCUGGGGAAGGGAUCGGACCGGUGAAGGUGAAAUUAAGGCUGCCGAAGGCCCAAGUGGCGAAGUUGAUGGAGGAGAGCAGAGAUGGAACAGAUGUGGCGGAGAAGAUUAUUGGUCUUUAUAUGGGAAACUCCGGCGACAAUAAAAACAGUUCAGGCCGGAAAUCGGUGCUAAAUGACGGUAUCAAUCGCCAUGGCAUCGGAGAAAAAUUAAAAGCGCGUGAGAGGCGAGUGAGUUUUAUUUCUUCAAAUGAUGGCGAAAUUCAAUUAGCAUCGCCAUAGGAGCUGAUGAAGCACUGAGAAGCAGUUCAGAAGUAGGACCAUUCUUUUCCUGAGUAUCCUUUCAUGUUGUUCGGCAACUUUCUAGUGCAAAAUGUGAUCGGUUAAACAACAAUUUCUCUCUCUUUGGUUGAGUAGUUGAUGUGUGCCACUAAUUAAUUUAAGUAGUUGGAUGUAUAAGAUAAAUAUUGUAAAUAUUGAUUGCCCAUGCUAGAGCAUGGAAACUUCUGUUACUUCUUUGGUAUGGCUUUUAACACGAAAUCGAACAUUUACGAAUAUCUGUUCAUCAUUUAAUCCGCACUUCUGUUAUACUACCU